AACAGCUGAGCGAUUCUGCUUGAAUUCUAAUAAGUUUAGUUUAUAUUCAUCAGCUGAGUUAUGCGGUUUCGUCCCAAGUUGGCUCGCAUCGCUAUGAACAAUUUGCUUUAAAUCGCGUGGUGCCUUUUAAUUACAUAUAUAUGUAUGAAUGUACUUUGUGCUAAGUUUGUUGUAAACAUCGACAGCGCGAGAGGUCAAUAACGCUGCUGAGUCAAUUACAGCACAAAACGCUUGUUUUGGCGAAAAAUCAAUCGUUGUUGGAACAGGCAGAGGCGGAGUGUUGAAUAAUAAAAACCACAAUAAUGCCGCUGGGUACAUUUGAUGCUUGGGAUGCGGCGGUGCUGGUGUGCAUCUUGCUAAUCUCAGCGCUGAUUGGUAUUUACUACCGCUACACGGGAGGCAAGCAAAAGACGACACAGGAAUACCUGAUGGCGGAUCAAAGUAUGACAACGUUUCCCGUAUCGUUUAGUUUAAUGGCCAGCUUUAUGUCUGCCAUUUCACUAAUGGGCGUCUCCAGUGAAUCCUAUCAGUUUGGCACGCUCUUCGGUGUAAUCAACAUUGCCUACGUAAUCAGCACACCCAUUGCUGCUUACAUAUUUCUACCCGUGUUCUAUCGUAUGCGCACAACAAGUGUCUACGAGUAUUUGGAGCGUCGUUUUGGAUAUGCCACCAGAUUGGCUGCAUCCCUAGCGUUUACGCUGCAAAUGGUGCUCUAUAUGGGCAUAGCACUUUAUGCUCCUGCAUUGGCACUGGAGGCAGUCACAGGCAUACACAGAGGCACAGCUAUAGUGGUGCUAGGUCUAGUAUGCGCCUUCUACUCAACGCUGGGCGGGCUCAAAGCCGUUCUCAUCACAGACGUCUUUCAAUCAUUUCUUAUGUUUGCGGCCAUUUAUGCGGUAAUAGCUGUUUCAGUUAUUAAAGCUGGCGGAUUUGGUGCCAUUUGGCAGGUGGCUGAGGAGCGCGGACGCAUUCAGUUCCUGGAAUUUUCAAUGGAUCCCACAAUGCGUCAGACAUGGUGGUCACUAAUCAUAGGCGGCAUGGUUACAUAUCUAUCGCUAUAUGGCGUUAAUCAAACCCAGGUACAGCGUCUGUUGAGUGUACAUAAUUUAAAAAGCGCACAGUCAGCGCUCUGGUGGAAUUUGCCCAUUUUAGGGCUUUUAAGCUUUAGCACGCUCUUCAGUGGCUUGGCUAUAUUCUAUUUCUAUCGUGACUGUGACCCAAAACUGGAGGGACGAAUUAAGCAAAGGGAUCAACUCAUGCCGCUGUUUGCUGUGGAUACCAUGGGUCAAUACCCCGGGCUAUGUGGUCUCUUUGUUUCGGGCAUAUUCUCGGCGAGUCUGUCGACUAUAUCCUCUGCCGUUACCUCGCUCUCAGCUGUAACACUGGAGGACUAUCUAAAGCCACUAUACAAGACCAUCUUUAAGCGCACACUCAUUGACUCUAAGUCUACACUGCCCACUAAGAUUAUUGCCUGCAUCUAUGGCUUGCUCUGCAUUGUGCUGGCCUUUGUAGCUGGCUCCCUCGGUGGCGUGCUGCAGGCAUCGCUGACCAUCUUUGGCAUUGUGGGUGGUCCACUGUUGGGCAUUUUUACGCUUGGCGUUUGCACAGUGCGCACCAAUCAACGAGGCGUGCUGCUCGGCUUUUUGCUGGGUCUUAUCUUUUGCUUCUGGAUUGGAUUUUGUAGCCUCAAGCCCGAGACCACGCUAACAUUCAGCACCGAUGGUUGCGAAGCAAGUAAUAUUACACAAGUGGCAGCUAAGGCGCUGCAGAGCCACGAAGAGGCGUCACACUUUUACCUAUAUCGUCUGUCCUAUUGGUGGCUCAGUGUGCUGGGCUUCAUCAUCACCUUAAUUGUGGGCUACUUCAGCAGCAUGCUGCUGGCGUACUGCAACUAUGCAGACAACUCACAAAUUUACUUGGACAAGUACAAGCGACAGCUGGACUACGAUCUGUUUGCGCCGCUGCUUUCACGCAGAUGGAGGCAACAACAGCUGCAGCAGGACCAGCAGGCGUCGGAUGAUGAGACGCUAACGAAAUUAACGCAGCAGCCAACUGCAGCUAUAUAAUAAGUUGAGACUUAAUUUUUGUCGUCAGAUGUGCCAGCCAUGACAGAACCAGCGCAGGCUUUACUUAAAUGAAACUUUGUCGUACCUAAAAUAUGCAUAAACUAUGAGACCUAUUUGUAUACCUGCGUGUAUAGUUUUAACCGCUCGAGGCGACCAAAGCAAUGUCUUCCAAAGCUGUAUACAAAUUUGUUAUUAUUAACUAGAAUCUGUCUGACAAAUGUUUAGAUAUAGAUAGAUACAUAUAGCUCCUAAGUGUAACACACUUUUGUUCAACAUAGCGACAAUAACUUUGUAAUUGCAAUGGGCAUUUUACAGCCAGAAUGUCUAAUGCAAAGGUUUAAAUAAUAUUUGAUGAUAUGUAUUUUGUGUUAGUUUGUUUAGCACGUUUUUUACUAUUAGAAUCAAUUGAAGAGUUACUAAAAUGUUUUAUGCUUAUCACUGCGAACUUGCAAAAAUAUUUAUACAUACAAACAUAUUUAUAUACAAUCAGUGUAAUGACGCAACAAAUCAUUGAAUACUUAGUUUAAGUAAAAACAACGCAUAUAUUUAUACACUGUAGAGCUAAACCAAAAUCGCUGAUCAUUAAAAAUUGUUGCAUUU